UUAAAUUUAAUUGUGUGCUUUUUGAUUCAACAAUAUAUGCUUAAAAUAUACACACAUGUUAUUAUAUGUACAACACGAUACACACAUCUUUUACAAGCUUAGACUUUUACUUUGAAGUGCAAACCAACAAGGAAGGAACUGCGCAGGGCAUGUAAACACGAGUUAACUGAAGUGACAUUGGUCAGCCCUGAGAUCCCAUGGGUGUCCAGGGUCUGACCACCUAUGUGGAGGGGAACAGACAAUUCCUCCAAGAUGUGAAGUUCAGGGACAGUCGCCUAGUUAUUGAUGGCUGCAGUCUGUAUUUCCGUCUCUACUUUACCCACGGUUUGGACCAGCAACAUGGAGGGGACUAUGAUGCGUUCGCUCGCGUGCUCAUCCAGUUCCUCUCUGCCCUGGCAGCCUGCAACAUCCAGCCAUUUGUGGUACUGGAUGGAGGGAUGGACCCCAGCGACAAGAAGUUUGCCACUCUGCGGCAACGUCUGCAGUCCAAAAUAAAGGAGGCAGACAAUAUUUCUCAUGGCCGCAAUGGCUCUGUUCUCCCCAUCCUCACAAGAGACGUCUUCAUUCAGGUCCUCAUCCAGAGAGGAGUCCCAUUGGUCCAGUGUCCAGCUGAGGCUGACUGGGAGAUUGCGUGUUUGGCUCACCAGUGGAACUGCCCAGUUCUGACCAAUGACAGUGACUUCUAUAUCUUUGACCUACCAGGUGGUUACAUGCCACUCAGUUUUUUCCAGUGGACCAACCUUAGCGGUAAAGCCUCUCAUCGCUACAUCUCAGCCCGCUGCUACACCGCUAGCGGCCUUUGUCACUGGUUUGGGGGCAUGAACCGGGAGUUGCUACCCCUAUGUGCUGUCCUGAUUGGUAAUGAUUAUGGCACUCCAAAAGAUGCUGAAACACUUCUUGCUCUGAUAGAUGUGAGUACAUUAGGGAGAGGUGGUGGCAGGGGUAGAGGUAGGGCACCCUCCUCCCGCAUCGAGGGCCUCCUCAUGUGGCUGUCUUCUUUCUCGAGCCCGGCGGAGGCCCUGGGGGAAGUGAGCAGGCUAAUGGGGGAAGACGGUGGUGGGGGCAAGAGAGGACAGAGAGGUGGGCUCAGUUCACAGCUGUGGGCAGGUAUGCAGGAGUACCACAUCACUCCGCAGAGCUCUCUGGCUCGCUGGUUCUCUGGAGGCAAGGCAGCUCCAGUAGGGCGGACCUCUGGGCUCGCGCAGCUACCAGGGUGCCUUUCACAGGCUGCAGCUCAGGGGCUGCUGUCGCCCUUGGUGGUGGAUGCUCUGGUAAUGCGUAGGGUCCUUCUCGUCCCACAGGUGGAGAACAGCAAACUGCCCAGCAGCCACUGUAGUGCCAGAACUAUACGUCAGGCCAUAUAUGGGAUAUUACAGCAAAGAGGCCAGGCACAGGAUGAAAGGGUGCAAGAAAACAUCAGCCAGGGUAUAAGAGGUGGGAGAGGACGAGGGGGAAGAGGACGAGGAGGUGGUUAUGGCGGUGGAGGUAGGGGUCAAGGAUCAUUUACACAGCAGGGUAUGUAUGUAGGAAACAGCUUUCAACAGGCAGCUGGUGUAGCUACAGUGCAGGCUCAGGGCUCCAGUGCCCUCAUUUGUGUGGAGGAAUACGAUCGUCUGGACCUGAACUUGAAGAAAAACCAAGUGGAUGCACAUCCACCCAGAACCCCAAUAUGUCUGGAUACACUUGGCCAGGCUCCUGUGGCAGUUUGUCUUGGUGUCCUUUAUGAAGUUUUAGGGGUGAAGGAGUCUUCCCUGGCUGCUGUGCCUCCCCACCUGAGGCUCGCUGUUGCAGUAACAGGCUUCUGGCUGCGAGAGGCCACACCAACACCCUCACAGCUCCUGCUCCAGGCUUUGGUGCUGGGCAUGGUUUAUGGAGAACUGUCUUGGAACAACCAGCCUGGAGCUACCCAUUACCAAUACGCUGUCCCACAGAUAAACUGGGCUGCGGAGCGCCACGUGUGGGCAGGGCUGGACCGACAGCGUGUGAGACCGGGGGAGAGGCGGGGCUUGGACAUUGGAGCGGCUCACAGUUUCAGCCAAUGGCAGGCCUGCCUCUGGAGCGCACUGUCUCUCAAUCAGCUAUUGCUGCUGCCACUGCCUGACAUCCACCUGUCGUGGUUGUUCAGCGGUACCCUGGUGCACGGCCUAAUCAGAUAUCUAAAAGGGGGCCGAGCUGCCGAAUCUCUCCUAGCUGGGGGCUCCUUGUCAGCACAGCUCUACUCCUCUCUCCUGGAUGCUGUGAGGAGCUGCGGCUCCAAAGUCCAUCCCUCCGCCUCCUCAGCAGCCAGGAGGGGGAGAAGAGGCAGAGGCCGUGGAAGGAGAGGAAGAAGGGGAGGUGGGAGAGGAGCGCGGGGAGGAGGGCAAGGGACAGAGGAGAUAAACAACAGGUUUGCUCUUCUGAUGAGUGAGGAGGAGUCUGAUGAUGAUUGGUGAGGGGGCAGAGGAAAAUGAACGAUCGAUAUGAAGCACUUGCUAGGGGCCAAAUGAGGGAGGACAUUCCAGCAGUUGAUAAAACGCUCAGGGAAUGCUACAGUCAUUUUCAAGUGAAGAAUAACACCUCUUCAUGUUUACCACUGUUUACCACCACUUCAACCUUUCUAAUAGUAUUUGCACUAAUUUAACCUUCUUCAGUGAUAUCUACAUGCUUUUUAUGUUCAAAUUUCUGUUGCCAUUUCAAACCAAGCAAUAUCAAAACAUAUGUAUUGAGAUGUCUGAGUAGUUUUUCCAAAUCACACUCUUGCCAUUUUUAGCAGAUUUAUAAGAACUUUUAUUGAAGUAAUGUCACUGUAAUUAAUGCAAUUCCAACCUAUCGGUUUUAUUCACUUAUGUCAACAUGAGAUUUAAACAGUGAAUGUAGAUAUGUCUUAUUCCAUCAUCUUGGACCAGAAAGUUGUAGUUGGCAGCUAAUGUCAUGUUAAUGAAAUUUUAUUGAAAUUUUAUGUCAGUUUUUAUUGCAGAUGCCUUAAUACUCAUGAAUUUGGUGCUCUUGAGGUGUUUACUUCUCUUUCUAUAUUAAAAAAAUAUGAAUCAAACUCA